GUCGUCGGAACGCGCGACUUUCAAGAGCAACGUUACUUUAUCUUAGUAAAAUGAAGUUUGAGUGGGCAGUUUCGUCCACAACCCUAAGGGAUUAUUUGAAUGCAAAAGUCAGCGAAACAGGACCAUUCCAAGAUGACUGGACACAGGUAUCAGACUUUCACACAAAAAAAUUGUGGCAUCAACUAACACUAAAACUUGAAAGCUUACUGAAAAAUCCUGAAUUUCGGUCAAAAACAGAUUUAGUCCAGCUGAGUAACAAUUUCCUAGCUGAUUUUAUGUACAAGAUCAAUCCUCUUUCUUUAGCUGAAUUAUGCGUUCCUAUUAGUGAACAGUAUGUAAUUACUGAUCCUCAGCGGGGCAUUAAGUUUCUAGAAGAAGUGCGUGAUGAGUUUACUACCAAAUCGAAAGAGGCCAAGAUAUUAUUUAAUACCACCAUUGGAAUGAUUUAUUUAACAGCACUUAUCGACUUGCCAAACGCUCGACAAAUUAUUGAAACUACACAAACUCAGUUGGAUGAAAUUGAAGGUGUAACAACAGUCCAUUCCCGAUUUUAUCAACUCAGCUCAAGAUAUUAUCAAGUCACUGGACAACAUGCUCAAUUCUAUCAAGAAGCACUUCGUUUUCUUGGUUGUGUUGACUUGGAUAGUUUAACUAUGGAAGAACAAAGAGGUUGGGCAUUUUCUGUUGGUUUAGCAGCUAUUCUCGGGGAAGGUGUGUACAAUUUUGGUGAACUGCUGACUCAUGACAUUUUAAAAAGUCUGCGUGAUUCUUCGGAAUCAUGGCUAAUCGAUCUGUUGCAUGCAUUCAAUCGGGGAGACUUAAACCAGCUGGACCAGUUACGUAACCGUUGGUGUAUUCAAGCGGAUUUAGUUGCUGCUGAAGCAAAGUUGAAAGAUAAAGUUACACUGUUGUGCCUAGUCGAGAUGGUAUUUCGACGACCAGCUAACAAACGUACCCUAACAUUUGCUGAAAUCUCCUCUGCUACCAGAGUUCCAAUCGACCAAGUUGAACACUUCUUGAUGAAAGCACUUUCACUGAAAUUAAUAAAAGGACGGAUUGAUGAGGUGAAUCAAUGUGUCUCUUUGACAUGGUUACAACCGCGUGUUUUAGACAGAGAACAGAUUGCAAGCAUGCGUACACGACUGAAUGAAUGGUCUGCUGCAGUUGAAGGCAUGAAGAGUCUUGUCGAAGUGGACACGAAAUCUAUUCUUACUUAAGAAUAUUUUCCCAUUUCGUCAAUAAAUUCACUUUCUGUACACUCUUGUGAAAUGAAACUGGUCUCUUUUGUUGAUGUACAGUAUAUCUACUAAUAAAAUUAGGAGUUAAAUAGGUUUGUCGGACGGUGGUUAUAAAAGUUUGUAGUUCACUCUUUUUCAACAGCGUAGGUACAACUAUACAUAGCCUCAUUCAAUGCGCUAUUAUCAUGAAUGUGUAACUUUUGAAAAUCUUUCCUCAACUCACGUAUGCGAGCAAUGUUAAGCAGUAUUCGUAAAUGGUGACAUCUCCAUUAAGUGUAACUAAAGCAUCCUGAUAAAUAAUUGUCCCUAACACCACAACUAACGUGCAAAAC